AUGGGCGCCCAUGAGAAUGAGGCUGAGGCUUCGUUUGAUGCCUCGUCGGAAUCGGGGACUGUCGUUAACCAUGAGGAAGUGAAGCUUGUAAAGAAGAGUAAACUACUCUUGGCUGUUUUGUAUUUUGGCACAUUUCUCGGCAUAUCUGACGAAUUCUUCGUUCUCACUACGUCCCGCCAGAUAGCCGAGUCUUUUAAUAAAGGCUCAUCUUCGUCAUGGCUUUUUGUCGGGUAUAAUCUGGGCUAUUCCAUGGCCUUACCGAUAUAUGGCCGAGUCUAUGAAGUUCUCGGUCAACGAAAAACUUUCCUAAUUGCUUAUGCAUUAUACACCGUGGGAUGCAUUGUAUCAGGUACACCACAUGAAUUUUUUGCAGUCGUCGCCGGGCGAUUCUUUGUGGGCGCUGGCGCUUCGGGUAUGCUGGACCUGGCUUCGGUGGCACUCAAUGAUAUUGCAUCCAUACGUGAAGUUGCCGUGUAUAGAAGCCACCUUAUGGUGGUUAUGUUGGUAGGAGCCGUCAGUGGAGGGCCGCUAGGCGCAAUUCUCGCCGGAACUAUCGGAUGGAGAUGGUCAUUCCUAGUACACAUCCCUUUCGUGGUCAUUUGUGCAAUUGUCGUUUUCUUCAAAUUACGACCAAAGAACACCAACCCAACACACGAAACAUCAAGCGAUGAGGAAAGCAACAUCGAAAAACCAGAGGAGACUUCCAAGGCUCCACGUCCACCGCUUGACAUUCCAGGAAUCAUCACGCUUAGCUGCGCUAUUCUCUGCUUUGUUAUACUCGUUCAGAUGCUCGAGGAUAUUGACUCGGCGAAGAAACACGUUGGCCUUUUGACUGGGCUUGGAGUUGGAUUUGCCGUCUUUACUGCGACAUUUAUUUCUAUUGAGGUUUUCUGGGCUAAGAACCCUGUGAUUCCACUCCAUCUCCUCAAAACCACCCAAGUUGGACUUCUUUGGGGUACUACCUUUUUCAUGCAGAUGGGAAAUUACAGUUUUGUUGCAAGUAUUGCGCCCUAUUUCGCCCGAGUGCACGGCUUGACGACGAUAGAGACUGGGCUAUGUCUAGGGCCCACUGCAGUUGGUGCCGCCAUCGGCAGUGUCUUAACUGGCAUGCUUGUGAAAAGAAGCGGAAAGCACAGAGUAUGGGCAAUAAUCGGCCUCAUAACAGCCCUCUUAAGUUUCGCCUUAAUCCUUCCUCGCUGGUCACUCUUCGAACAGAAAAUGUGGGAAUUAUUCUACUCAUUCUUCUUUUCAUGGGGCCUUGGAAUGGUCCUGUCUGCUCAAUUCGUCGGCUUGAGUGCCAGCACACCAGAAGCAUUUGCAGCCACUUCUAUUACAUCUUAUUAUCUUUUCCAACAAGCGGGUACUAUGAUUGGAAUCACAGUGACUACGGUUCUGCAACACCUUGUCUUCAAGGAGAAGCUUGAGGCGAAGAUUGGAGAGAGUCCUGAGGAUCUGAAGAAAAUUCAACAUAUCCUGGACAGUGUGGACUAUUCGAGGUCUCUUCCAGAGCCGAUGCGUGGAACUGUCAACACGCUUUUCCGAGAAAGUUACAUGGUGCUUCUUUUGUUUGUCAUUGUUACCAUAACACUAGCGCUGCUAUUGGUGUUGAGACAGAAGAAUAUCGCUAUCUGA